AUGUUAACAUCUGGAUUAUUCGCAGGAUAUUCUUUUGGAGUUGGAGCCAUUGUUUACAAUUUGUGCAGAACAAAACUUUAGAAUGAUUUUGAACAAGAACUUAGAAAUCUAAGAGAAUACGAUUUUUAGAAUGAAACGAUUCCACUAAAAGAGCUCCCAGUUAAAUGCAUGAUUUUAGCAAAAUAUGAUCCGGAAUAGAACAAGGAUUUAUAAUUCCAAAAUGCAAAAUAGAGUGAGCCUGAUGAACAAAAGUCACAACUUUUGUUCUCAAGAGUUCUAUCAUGUAGUAAUGUUGUAGACCCUGCUAAAUAUUUCACUUAGCAUCAACUUCAGAUCCAACUUUAGGGAAGAGUAAACUUCUUUGAUUUAGAUACAAUCACCACUGCAACUGAAUAUAAGAACAAAACUCUUUAAGACAGAAUAAAGGAGUUUUAUUAUAGAAAUUUAAGAAAGCUAGACUUUAAUUACAUCGAAAAAGGAAUUAUAGCAAACAAAGAAAAUGAACUAUUAGUAGCAGGAUAAUUAGACUUUGAUAAAAGAAACAAUAGACUAGUUAUAAGAAAACCAAAUCUAAUAAUAGGCUCUGAUAGACUUGAGUUUUAUGAAUUUCUAGGUAGAAGAAGAGAAGUGUUCGGCCUUUAAAAUCGUAAUUGGGUCAAGUUUUGCGUAGGAAUUACUGCUGUCCAUUUCAUCUUUGUAAGAGUUCCAACUUUAUUCUCCUCUUAUUUUGGAGAUGAAGUUGGAGUUGUUUCAGAAAAAUUAGGAGCGGAGGAUUUAUCAGAGCUUACUAGAAGAUAAUAUCUUGCUAAAUAGCAAGCUAAAAAGGAAUUGUGA